AUGUUAAAUCUGUUGCUGACUUGGUUGACGGGCGUCUCUGUGGCGCUGGUAGCAGGGUGGCUGUCGUGGUGGUUCCUCCUGCGACCCACGCCCAUCCCGCCCACCGCCACCCACCCCUACGCCCGGCCCUCCGUUUUCUAUCCACUCAAGGUCCUCGUUUUCUAUUGCCUGGUGAAGUUCAGAAAGAGGACGGCCGGCUCCCCUGAUGACGCGGGCUACGGCGCCAGGUCCCAUGACCGCGUCGAUCUCAUGGAACGGCCGCAGCCUCUCGCGCCCGCUCCCAAGGCCAUCGACGCCGUCUUCUUCUCCGGCCACGCCAGCGACGGCUGGGGCGUCAUCCUCGCCAUGGAGCGCCGCCCCUCGAGGCUCACCUCCACCCUCGUCUACCUUAAGGUGCCGGGGGUCGGCCUCCUGGUGGCGCCCGCGCACCCGGACACCAUCGCCUUCCGGGGGGCGGCGGACGAGGAGCGCUUCGAGGCGGGCGGCGUCGCUAUCGAGCCCGAGACGCCCAUGAAGACCUGGAGACUCAGGUUCAGCGGCAAACUCAGGCGCUACGACCAGCCCGAAGGAGAGCUUUUCGACGUGAAGUUGGAGCUGCUGUGGUCGUCCGAUUUGCCUCACUUCGACUACGACUCCGAUAUGGACGUCCUAACGACCGCCAAGGCCUUCGCGCUGGAGACCUGGACGAGGGAGUACUUCGACAGCCUGAAGGAGCACCACCAGACCCACUACGAGCAGAUGGGGCGACUCAACGGUACGGCCACGCUCAACGGGGAGACACACAACCUCUCCCUUCCCUCCUUCAGGGAUCACUCCUACGGAAAACUCCGGGAGUGGCGUCUGAUGCAUCGAUACGUCUUCCAUCACAUCUUCCUGGACGACGGCUCCAUGGGCGUCGUGGGCGUGGUCUGCCAGCCCUCCACGUGCUCCAGGUUGGUGCUGGGUCACUGGUGGACCCGUGUGGGGGAGGGCGCCCCCGUGACCUGCGUUGACCUCCAGCUGCACGAGCACGGCGAAGGAGGGACGCCGCCCAAGGACUAUGCCUUCGCCUUCACUGCAGGCGGCGAGGAGCGCGUCGUCGAGGUCUUCGUAGAGGAGUCUCCGGAGCACUUCCUCGGCUGGGACUGGGAGGCGCGCAUGGUGGAGACGUGGGUCAAGUACCGCGUGAACGGCUCGCCAGGAAAGGGGAUUUGUGAAUGGAACUACCAGCACCUCGGCGGCAGACCCAAGGCCCUCACCGACGGGGACCCAGAGUGGACGAGGCCUUAUCGCACCAAGUAUCUGGCCGCUUAACAGGAGGGCAGCGCCGACGCCGGUGCCCUCCUUCGCUGGUGCCAUUGCCACUUGCAGGCCUUCUGUUGACAGCUGUUUAUACUAUCAGUCAUAUUUACAAUAUUAUUUACAAACACUUACAAUAAUGUUUGCUUAUAAUGCCAAUGCUGCAUUAAUAAAAACAAUAAAUGAUACUGAAAAUACA